AUGUUGUUCAGCUCUAUCUUCUCGCUUGCUUGCCUCACGGCUGUAAUUGCCACUCCCUUGCACCCUCGUCAAACCACGAACACGAAUGUGAGAAUCAACCAAAUCGUGGAUGCACUCGACAUAGCCAUCCACGUCAAUAUUCCUGACGUUCAGAAUUUGGAAGCUAGCCACAGAGCCAAUGCCAAUACUAUUGGACCUCAGUUCGAUCAACUGGUCACUGCGUACAACACGGCCACGAGGAACCUGAAUGCUACUGCAAUCAGCUCGGGGAGCAACACGACAAUGCCUCGAAACGAUGAUAUUGGUGUUACCUACGCUACAGCUCUUUCUCUGACGACUUCAGGCUUGUCCGGGCUUUCUCCCACCGUUGUUGUCGGCCUCCCAGCAAUGUUCGCUAAACUCGACCCAGCUAUAGCCGCCUCCGUCGUCGCUCUCAAUCGUACCCUUCCCGGGUCUGGAAGCUUGAUUCAUACCAUGAUGCUCGAUGCUAGGCAGUUCCUCCAACGCGAGAAUAUGACUCAGACCCUUACCGUCCUUGGAUUUCCAACUGCCUAG